AUGGCUUCUCCAGAAUCAUUAGUCAUCGUAAUCUUCUUCUUGCUGCAGCUUAUUGUAACCAUUGGUCCUCUAUUCUUCAGCGAAGCGGUUGCAAUAACUAUGGCGCCGCCGCCACCUGAAAACGUAACAGUUGGUAAUAGAAUAACUUCUUCAGCUGUCUUCGCCUUCGGGGACUCGAUUCUUGAUACGGGCAACAACGAUCAUAUCGCAACUUUGAUAAAGUCCAACUUCCCUCCCUACGGAAGGGAUUUUCCGGGAAGAAUCCCCACCGGUAGAUUCUCCGAUGGAAGGCUCAUUUCCGACCUCAUAGUUGAAAAUUUGGGAAUAAAGCAUUUUUUGUCACCUUAUCUCGAUCCGAGUCUUGAAGCUGAGGAUCUCACAACGGGAGUGUGUUUUGCUUCUGCUGGCUCUGGCUAUGACCCCAAGACACUAAAGAUAUUAUCGGUUAUAUCAAUUCCAAAUCAACUCAAUCUCUUCCGACAAUACGUGGGGAAGUUGAGAAGCCUGGUGGGAGAGCAGAGAUCAAACGACGUCGUUGAAAACGGCCUUUACGUAAUAUCAGCGGGCAACAACGACGUCUUAUUGGCCUCUUUGUUUCAUACCAGAACAAAGUCGUCGUCGGAAAUGGCUUCAUACGCCGGCUUUCUCGCCGGCCAGGCUUCCGCCUUUCUCAGGCAGUUGUACGGGCUGGGUGCUCGAAAGAUCGUUCACCUAAGUACAUUAACGACGGGAUGUAUCCCUGCCUUCAGAACUUUGCUCGGCGGAGUACAGAGGCAAUGUUCCGACGAGUGCGACGAGCUGGCGGUGAUGUUCAACGAGAAGCUUGGCCACGAAAUUCAGCGACUUAACGACGACGUUUCGCUUCCUGACUUGAGCGUCCAGUUUGUUGACGUGUACACGCCUUUGUUAGAUAUCAUUAGGCGUCCUGAAAAUUAUGGGUUUGUCGUAGCGAAGGAGGGGUGCUGCGGGACAGGAACUAUAGAUUUUGGAUUUCUUUGCAACCGAUUGAGCCCUUCGACUUGUGCGGAUACUUCAAAGUACAUUUUUUGGGAUGGUCUUCAUCCCACGGAAAAGGCCUAUAAAACCUUAACUUCCGUAAUCAUGAAAGACAUAAAUAAGCUAUUAUAUUGA